UUGUACUUUACGUUUUUUAAAUUGAACUGGUUAGCUAACCAGCUUGAGGAAAACAUUGUGUUUUUUACGGAUUUAACUGGCGGAGUCACCGGACACACUCAGGGGAAUAACGGGAUACAGGAAAGACUGGAAACCGGUCGCACUGCGCCAGAAUGUCUUCGUUCAGCUCCAGCAGCAGCAAAAAAGAAGAAAAGGGAAGAAACAUCCAAGUUGUUGUAAGAUGCAGACCUUUCAACACGACGGAACGCAAAACGGGCUCCCAUUCUGUAGUUGAAUGCGACCCCAAUAGAAGGGAGGUAAACGUGCGUACUGGCGGAGUUGGCGAUAAAGCAGCUAGAAAGACCUACACCUUCGACAUGGUUUUCGGACCUUCAGCAAAGCAAAUUGAAGUGUACAGAAGUGUCGUAUGUCCUAUCUUGGAUGAAGUCAUCAUGGGAUAUAACUGUACUGUUUUUGCGUAUGGACAGACGGGAACUGGUAAAACCUUCACGAUGGAGGGUGAAAGAUCUCCAGAUGAGGAGUUUACCUGGGAAGAGGACCCCCUGGCUGGUAUAAUUCCCCGGACACUCCACCAGAUCUUUGAGAAACUGUCUGAGAACGGGACGGAGUUCUCAGUCAAGGUGUCCCUGCUGGAGAUUUAUAACGAGGAGCUCUUUGAUCUGCUCAGCCCCUCCCCUGAUGUCACGGAGCGGCUCCAGAUGUUUGAUGACCCUCGUAAUAAGCGAGGGGUCAUCAUCAAGGGUCUGGAAGAAAUUACCGUGCACAACAAAGACGAGGUGUACCAGAUUCUGGAGCGAGGUGCAGCCAAGAGAAAAACCGCCUCCACCCUGAUGAAUGCAUAUUCCAGCCGUUCCCACUCUGUAUUCUCCGUCACGAUUCACAUGAAGGAGACCACCACCGAUGGGGAAGAGCUGGUCAAGAUAGGCAAACUGAAUUUGGUUGAUCUCGCCGGCAGCGAGAACAUCGGCCGUUCGGGGGCCGUGGACAAACGCGCCCGCGAGGCGGGAAACAUCAACCAGUCCCUGCUGACGCUGGGCCGCGUGAUCACGGCGCUGGUGGAGAGGACGCCUCACGUGCCGUACAGGGAGUCCAAGCUCACCCGCAUCCUCCAGGACUCCCUCGGCGGCCGCACCAAAACCUCCAUCAUCGCCACCGUCUCCCCCGCCUCCAUCAACCUCGAGGAAACUCUGAGCACCCUGGACUAUGCCAAUAGAGCGAAGAACAUCAUGAACAAGCCAGAAGUGAACCAGAAGCUUACAAAGAGGGCGCUUAUCAAGGAGUACACUGAGGAAAUCGAACGUCUGAAACGGGAUCUGGCUGCAUCCCGGGACAAGAACGGAGUAUAUCUGUCAUGUGAAAACUUUGACUCCAUGAACAGCAAAAUCGCAGCACAAGAGGAGCAGAUCACAGAAUUCGCAGAGAAGAUUUCAGCCAUGGAAGAAGAGCUCAAGAGGGUGACGGAUCUGUUCUCAGACAGCAGGCGUGAGCUGGAGCAGGUGACAGAGAGCCUGCAGGACGCCAGGCUGCAGCUGGAGUGCGCCCACCAGGAGCUGCAGGACACCAAGCAGAGGCUGAUGGAGGAGGAGUACAUUGUGUCUGAGCUGGAGACCACGGAGGGGAGGCUGUACAGCACUGCCAACCAGUUACUGACAACGGUUGACGUCAGCACCAGAGACGUCUCUGGUCUGCAUGAAAAGCUGGAUAGAAAGAAGGCAGUGGAGGAACACAACGCCGAAAUGCAGCAGGGCUUUGCAAACCAGAUGGAGUCCAUGUUCAGCCAAAUGCAGAAAUCCGUGGAGCAGCAGAGCGCUAAACACCAGGGAAUGAUCAGCUUCUACAAAACGUCAGUCGCUGAUCUCUUGAAAGUAAACACCACAGCAUUCACUGAGGCCACGUCAACCGUUACCGGGUCUUUUCAAAGCAUCAAAGAUCUGGUCAGCAGCAGUGUGACGAAAUGUCUGACGGAGAUGGAGCAGCAGGAAUCACUGUGUCACAAGACUAAGGAAACCCUGCAGCGUGUUUUGGAGGAACACAAGCUGGAGAUGGAGAGGGAAGUAUUUGCCGUGAUCAUGCCCGGGCUCAACGCUGUGAUGGAGAUGAAUGACAGUUUGAAGCGCACAUUGCAGAGUCAUGCUGAACUGGCAGAAAAGAUGGAGAGCAUGAAGACAGAGAUGACCUCAUUCUUUGGCGACCAUGCGCAAGCCCUGGCCAGGCUGCGGGAGACAGCGACCGCCGGGCUCAGCUCCCUGCAAGCGGACCAGGAGAACCUGAAGCAGCAGAUCAGCAAGGCCAGCCAGAAGCACGAGACGGGGAUGUCCCAGGUGCUGUCUUGCCUGCAGAAUCAGUUGAACCUCCUGGCUCUGGAGACCAAAGGUGACUUCAGUGAGCUCUUGACUCGGUCAGAUGCAGUCCAGGUGCCCGUGGCUUCUCUCCAGAAGAACGUAGAAAUGCAGUGCACGGCCGCAGAGCAGAGCGCCGUGGCUCAGCAGGGCCAGCUGGAGUCGUCCGCGGACGGCCUGAUGGCCGAGAUUCGGUCGGUGGCCGAGGAAGGCAGGCAGACGCUGGAGGAGUGUGCGAGCCACUGCGGCUAUCUGAAGGCCUCCCUCACCAAGCUGGGAGAGGAGACUGUCCAGUGGUGCGAGACUACCAGGGUCAGCGCUGACUCCUUCGCUGACGAGCAGCUGUCCAUCAUAAGAGCCGGCAAGGCUUCUACACAGACACUGCUGCAGAACGUGGAUGCGAGAUGUGAUGCCAUUGUCCAGGAGGCGAGCGGGCAGCUGAGCCAGCAGCAGAGCGGCCUCGAGCACACUCUGCAAGCCCUGGAGACGCAGAUCCGUGCAGACCAGGACACGCUGCAGCUCCACGCAGCACAGCUGGCUGCCCAUCCAAGCGAGGGGCUCGCCAAGGUCUACACCUUCCUGAAGGAGGAGCUCCGGCAGGACAUCCCUACAGGCAAAACCCCACAGCGCCAGGAUUACAGCUACCCCAGAGUCCUGGCAAAGAGCAGGAAGAGAGACGAACUGCUGGAGCAAUUCAGGAAGCAACAGCAGGAGCUGGAGGCAGCUCUCUCUACAUGCGAGACUGUAAAAGAGGAACAGGUUGACCAGGACUCUCUAGAGGAUGAGGUCAGCAACUCCAAUGACAGCACCAUCCCUGAGCAGUCAUACACUGAAGAGAGCAUUAUGUGCAACGAGAGUGGACGAGCCCCAUUCUUCAAGCGCAAGAAAGGUGGCAAGAAAGAAAACAAAUCUCUCGAUCAAUCAAAGACAACAGAAAACAAAGAAUCAACACCUUUGCGGUCCAGGCUUCCCCUCAGAGUUCAGAACUAG